GUGGUCUGCUCGGUUUGGGGAAGCGCCAGAAGUCGGUUGUUUAGUUCCGUAGAAACCAGGAGAACCCCCGAGUCAGUGAACGACCCCGUGGGGCUGAAACCCCCCCAACGAUGGGACUAUGAGGCCUGGCUGACUGUUCUUCAUCCACACAGGAUUCCAGUGGCUCAUCCCAACCAUGUAUAGGAUGUGGUGGUCCAGGCGGUCCAGGUCAGGGCCGAUUCCAGGCCAGGCUGAGCCUCCUCAAGGUAAAGGCAUUCAUCUUUUCCUCCUCUGGACCCCAGAAGGCGAGAGGUAUUUGUCCCACACGAGUGGGGAGGUCACGGCGGAGGAGCUGUGCAUCGCAGCUGCUGAGGCUGUAGGAAUAACACCUCUGUGCCAUGUGUUGUUCGCUCUGUACAAUCCACUCUUGAGCUGUUGGUACAGUCCUAACCACAUCUUCAGUCCAGAGGAGGACUCCAGCCUGAUACUUCACUACAGUAUGAGGUUUUACUUUCACAAUUGGCACGGACUAAAUGAGGAGGAGCCAGUUGUGUGCCGCUAUCGGCUCCGAUCUGGGACUGACCACAGGGGUUCCCCUCUGCUUGACAUCACAUCCCUGGAGUAUUUAUUCUCUCAGGCUAAAUAUGAAUUUGUGAAUGAAGUGGUGCAGAUGGAAGACAUUCAGACGGAAGCGGAACUAAGUCGCUUCAAAAAUGAGAGCUUGGGGAUGGCCGUGCUUCACCUCUCGCACCGGGCGAUGCAAACAGACUGCACGUUACAGGAAGUCGCAGAGAAAGUCUGCUUCCUGCGCUGCAUCCCGAAGUCUUUCUCCAAACACAUCUCCAAAGACAACUUUCUGACAAGAAUCAGGAUCAAUCGGGUGUUUGCGGAAUUUGUGCGGAUGUUCCAGCAACACACUGUGGACAAGGGGCGGCUGGGCGCCCAGGAGAUCAUGUACAAGUACAUCUCUACUCUCGAACACCUGGUGCCGCGGUUUGGCUCAGAGACCUUCCCCGUGUACCACCUGGAGCUGAGGGAGGACGGGUACGGUGGCAGCUCUUACGGCGACAACGCCCAUGUGCAGGGCGAUCCAAAAGACAACUUCACGGCUCCCGUCACCCAUGAAAUCGAGGUGUCUGGCACAAAGGGGAUUCAGUGGAGGAAGGUGUCAGUUCAGAAGGCACAGGUGAAUGGCUACUUCCGGAGCGAUUACAUAAAGAAAUCCAAGGACCAGUCGAGCCAGUCAAAUGCAACAGCUCCCAACACACUGAGCCCCUUCUGCGAUUUCCCUGAUAUAACUCACAUCGCCCUCAGCGAAGCUAAUGUGUGCAUUAGCACUCAGGACAACCGCUGCUUGGUGGUUCAGAUGAAAUCCAGCCAGGAGGCGCGUUCCUUCAUCUCGCUCCUGGAUGGAUACUACCGGCUGACUGCAGACGCCCACCACUAUCUUUGUCAUGAGGUGGCUCCCCCAAGGGUAGUGCUGAGUGAAGCAAAUGGACUGCAUGGGCCGAUGCAUGAUGAUUUUGUGCUGCUGAAGCUGAAGAAAGAGGCAGCAGAGGAGGGAGCUUUCCUCGUACGUUGGAGCGCUCUCGACUAUCGCCGCAUCAUCCUGGCCGUGCUAAACAAAAAUAAAAACGGAUCGACACCGAGCCACAAGCAGUUUCGGAUCCAUCACAAGGAGUCGAUGUUCCGUCUGGAGGGCUGGGACCAGGAGUUCUCCAGUGUGAAGGAGCUCACCGACAGCCUCAAGUCCUUCAUGCUCAAGUCUGGACCAGACAGCUUCACUGUGAAAAAAUGCUGUUUGCCAAGACAAGCAGAAUUGUCCAACCUUCUGGUGAUGAGGAGAGGUGACGACCGGGUGAACACUGAGGCCUUGUCCCGGAUCAAGACCCAGCUUCGCUUCAACCCAAUCAAGGACAGACAGAUUGUACAGGAACAGCAUCUGGGCUGCGGGACCAGAACUAAUAUCUACUCAGGCCAUCUUCUUGGGCUGGGACGAGGUGAAGAUGACGACGAGUUCAAUAACAACGGCAAUGACCGCAAAGGGAUCAAAGUGGUUCUCAAGAUUCUGGACCAAAGCCAUAAAGAUGUUGCACUAGCCUUUUUCGAAACCGCCAGUCUCAUGAGCCAGGUAUCCCACAGUCACCUGGUGUUCGUGCAUGGCGUGUCUGUCAAAGGAUCUGAAAACAUCAUGGUGGAAGAAUUUGUGGAGUUUGGGCCCUUGGAUGUUUUCCUUCACAAAGAAAAGGCAGCAGUGACCCCGCAGUGGAAAUUCAUUGUUGCCAAACAACUUGCAAGUGCUCUCAGCUAUCUUGAGACCAAAGGGCUGGUUCAUGGAAACGUCUGUGCCAAGAACAUUCUGGUGGCACGGAAAGGUCUGGAGCCGGGUACUACACCUUUCAUCAAGCUGAGUGAUCCCGGAAUCGCUCUGAGCGUCCUCUCACGGAACGAGCGUCUUGAGCGCAUCCCGUGGAUUGCCCCCGAGUGUAUCGACAGUCCUGCCCCCAUUGGCCUUGCUGCGGACCAGUGGAGCUUUGGUGUCACUCUGCUCGAAAUCUGCAACAACGGCGAUCUUCCCAUGAGUGGAUAUGCAUUGGCCCAUAAAGAGCGCUUCUAUCAGCAAAAGGGCCGCUUUGCUGAACCGUCCUCCCCGGAACUUGCCACCUUCAUCAGCAUGUGUUUGACCUACGAGCCUGUGGAGAGGCCCUCAUUCCGCGGUGUGCUCAGAGAGCUCACAGAAAUCAUGCCGAAAAGUAGGUUUUUACUCACACUUUUGAUUUUAGUCUUUCAAUCUGUCUCGGUAUAUGUAAUGAACGUGUGUUUUUUUUUUCUUCUGGACACAGAUUUUGACAUAUCUACCUGUGAAACUCUCCCUGACAUGGACCCCAGCAUUUUCCAUAAACGCUACCUGAUUGAGAUUCGGGAACUAGGGAAGGGUAACUUUGGAAAGGUCAUUCUGUACCGGUACGACCCAGCCAAUGACGGGACUGGGGAGUGUGUGGCGGUGAAGUCCUUGAAACAAGAGAAUGGGCAUGUGCCUGAUGGCUGGAUAAAGGAGAUAGAGAUUCUGAAGUCUCUCGAUCACAGCAACAUUGUCAAGUACAAGGGCUGUUGUACUGAACUGGGAGGACAAGUGGUGCAGCUAAUAAUGGAGUACCUUCCUCAGGGCUGUCUGCGAGACUACCUUCCCACACGCAAACUGGGUGUGCCACAAUGCCUUAUGUUUGCUCAGCAGAUCUGUCAGGGAAUGGAGUACUUGCACAAAAUGCGAUACAUCCAUCGAGACCUGGCUGCCCGUAAUGUUUUAGUGGAAAACGACAGUUUGGUGAAGAUUGGAGACUUUGGUCUCACAAAAUACAUCCCUGAAGGCGAAAUAUACUAUCGUGUCCGGGAGGAUGGGGACAGUCCAGUGUACUGGUAUGCCAUCGAGUGCCUGAAGGAGAGUAAAUUUUCCUUUUCGUCCGACAUUUGGUCCUUUGGUGUAACACUGUAUGAGAUCUUUACCGACUGUGAUUCCCAUCAAAGCCCUCCGACAAAGUUUUUGAAAAUGAUGGCGGAACCAGGAGAACAGAUGACUGUGAUGGCCCUCAUAAAACUGUUGGAGAGAAACAUGCGAUUGCCUUGUCCCAGAAAGUGUCCACAUGAGGUGAAAAUGUUGAUGGAGCAGUGUUGGGCUGCAAAUCCCACACAACGGCCGACAUUCACAUCCCUCAUUGAAAGUUUGAAGGCUAAUGGCUAAAACAUUGACUCUUCCCUGGCUCAGAUUUGCUGAUGAAUUAGCUGAAGAUCUAUUUGUCAACGUGUCAUCACUUUGCAGCUAUGGCAACCACCUAUUACUUGGUAGUCAGUAAUGUGUUUCCUGCUGUGCAUUGCCUGCUGCCUCCAUUUACAUUGAUGUCUUUUUGAUACAACCACUGUUGUCCUCAUAUAUGUGAUAUUAACACAAUUAUACAUUCAGCUGUUUAUUUUCUGGCUGAUUUCAGGAUGCAUGGGGAAACAUGCUAGCACGAGCAGGCAGGCACCCAGUAUCAGAUGCCAUCUUGCAAAAUACCACGGAAACUGUUCAGAAUAGGACGUCUGUCACUAUAUUUGUAAUUUUUUUUAAUGUUUUUUGUGUGUGUUAACUAUUCAUAUAAUUUUGUAUAAAUAAAAACAAAUGCAAAUACUAAUAAAAAGUUUUUCAUAUGUUAUGUUUUUAAAGAC